UAAUGUUGUUCAUCUCUAGUUUGUAUAUGUAGAAUUUAAACUUAUGUUAAUCAAUAUAAAAUGAGCCUAAACAUGUUAGGAAACAUAGAUGAAAAGACUGUUGUUCCCAACGUAGAUGAGCUACCGUACUUUCCCGAGAAGUUCCCCGGAAAAGUAUGUUGUCUAUGUAAUCUUGGGGAGCGAAGCGGUCUUGGUCAAGGGACCAUGUUUCAACUAAAAGUUCCUUUGGAUCUCAAGGAAAGGAAAUCCAUUGAAACAGAAAAGGAUCAGAGUAUUAUUCGCAUAAUGAAAUCUGCGCUAAAAAACAAAAAUGUAGGCAACGGUGAGAACACUUAUGAGCUGGACAAAAUUGGCUAUGCCGACUUGCUAAAUGCCGUGGUGUUCUUUGAUGACGAGUUUGUUUAUGUACAUCGUAUGUGUAUAAUGUGGACUCUGCGUAAAAAAGUUCAAAUCAAGGAACAGGAUGUAUUUCAAUUUUUAAGCAAUUUAAACGAGUAUUUGGAACAGAAAUGCAGUUUCUGUGGACAAUACGGAGCAUCCAUUACUUGCAAAAUGAAUUGCCGACAAAUGCAUCAUUGGCCGUGUGCCACUGCAGCCGGUUGUUUUCUUAUCUUGGAAAGCUUCACUGUAUUCUGUACAGAGCACUUGAGCCAGGUGCCAGUAAUUUGUACUGAAAAUAAUGUUGGCUGUUUAACGUGUUCUUCACUGGGUGAUCUGUCAAAAUUAAUUAUGUGUUGCUCAUGUGGAGAUCAUUUUCAUUCCACUUGCAUUGGACUAGCUAAUUUACCUGAUACGAGAUCUGGUUGGAGUUGUGCCCGCUGUACAAAAUGUCAAAUUUGUAGACAACAAGAAGCGAACGAUAUUAAAUUCAUCAAAUGUGAGCAAUGCCAAAAGAUCUAUCAUGCCACAUGCUUACGACCUGUAAUAUCUUCGAUUCCCAAAUAUGGCUGGAAAUGUAAUCGAUGUCGUGUUUGCACGGACUGUGGAUCUCGAACGCCAGGUGGCGGUAGCUCAUCUCGCUGGCACAGUCACUAUACAAUUUGUGAUUCGUGCUAUCAGCAAAGAAACAAGGGAUUUUCAUGCCCAAUUUGCCAAAAGGCAUAUAGAGCUGCAGCUUACAAGGAAAUGGUUAAAUGCAGUUGCUGUCACAAAUUUGUUCAUAGCACAUGUGAUGAAGAAGCUGAUUUGACUGCUUAUCACAAAACAAAAGAAUAUAAUCCGGACUAUGAUUAUAUUUGUCCUUUAUGUAAAAGUAAUUCAGCUAACGGCAACAAUAAGAUUGUUGACCCGCUCGAACGAUCCCUGGGUGAAAUGCAAACGUCAGAACAGUUUAAUAUAAGACACGUGGAAAUCGAACCAUUAAAUGGUAAGCCUUGCAUUGAAGUAAACAGUGAAGAUCCCCUCAAAUUGCCAAGCACUAAGAAAAAGGUUUGCUUAACUAAUAUUCGUGGCAAAGGUGGCAAAUUUGUAUUACACCGCAUGGGAGCAAUGUCACAGUUAGGGAAAAAGCGCAGCAAUCGAGGAAAAGGACGCCAACUUGUUCUUCAAAGCGGCUCAAAUGAUCGUUACAUUGGCCGUAAUAUGGAUACAGACCUUUCCAGUGACAAGAAAUUAUUAUUGUGUUCGGCUCGUGAUAAGUUUGUUCUCUCGCAGGACAUUUGUGUCAUGUGCGGCACUUUGGGAAUUGAAAGCGAUUCGGUUUUAAUCACUUGUGCACAAUGUGGCCAAUGCUAUCAUCCGUACUGUGCCAGUGUCAAGCAUUCGAGAGGCAUUUUGCAAAAGGGUUGGCGUUGCUUAGAUUGUACAGUCUGUGAGGGCUGUGGCAAGAAGAAUGACGAGGCCCGUUUGCUUCUUUGUGAUGAAUGUGAUAUUUCUUACCAUAUAUAUUGUGUCAAUCCGCCUUUGGAGACGGUGCCACAUGGAAAUUGGAAAUGUUCUUUUUGUACUAUCUGUCAGAAAUGUGGUCGAAAUCCGACUGAGAAGAUUAACUACAAUGAACCGAGUGUGCCUGAAUGCCCGCCAUGUGCUAGCCAAAACAACUGUUUUAUAUGCAAGAAAAGCUACAGCGAUGGCGAAAUGAUCAUUCAAUGUGAACAAUGUGAGCAAUGGUCACAUUUUUUGUGUGAUUCAAUAAACACGCAGUACACUAUGGAAUAUUAUGAUAAUAAUGUGUACAAGUGCAUGAAAUGCCGCGCCAACACGAAAGCGAUUUUGCCACAAAAUGCAAAUACAAAUUUAAGUGAAGAGAAUUCAGCGGCAUCCAAGCUUUUAGCGGACGUGGGUCAAGAAGGAAAGGUGAUGGGGCUUGCGGAUCGUAAUAUUCGAUUGACAAACGAACUCUUGGAGAGCACAGAAGCUAUACAUUGGAUAGAUGGUGUAUGCUUAAGUGAAAAUGGUUUGAACAUGAUCAAAUCACUUUCAACCGAAAUUAAACGGAAAAGAAAAAUGCGCCAGACAAUGGGCAAUUCAAAGGAUCCACAAAACGAAAGUGCAGUGUCUGAUGAUGUGCAGGGCGAUAAAUAUAAAGAUGGAAUGAUUUGGGAUAGAACGGAAACUGCAAUACCAGAAGGCUUUUCCAUUUCUACUAAUGAUGAUGGUAUCCAAGUCUUACGCAAAAAACGUCAACGCAAUCUUCAGAAGUUGGGUAUCGGUGGAUUUUCAGUUCGAAACAGAGCACUUAAGAAAGAUAAUGACGACUCGGUUGAUCAACUAAAUGCAAUGUUAGUUGCUGAUAAAAAAAAGAAAAUCAUACGCAAAAAACAGAAAAACAAGUUGAUCGAAGCGUAUCCGGCAUAUUUACAAGAAGCUUUCUUUGGGAAACCUCUGUUGGAAUCUGGCGAAGUGGUAGCAUACGAUUCAGAAUCGUCAGACGAGAUCGGAUCCACAAUGAAAAUGUACUUUACUCAUUCAAAUGAAAAACUUCCGGAGAGUGAAAUGGCUAAUAAAAGUCCAGUGAAGUCAUUGAAAUGCGUUAAAGUCGAAAAAACUUUGAACGAGAACAAGAACGUAUUUGCCAAUCAAUUCUCAACAACUGCACAACAAAACAAAAAGCUUGUAACUGGUGGAGCUUUGAUUGAUUCGAAUAUGUCAGAUAUUUCAAGAAAUACUUCGGCGCCCAAUAUUGUACAUUCUAUGGAUACUUUGACUACUCAAGGCAUACCAGAAUUAGACGAAAUUAAUGCUUCAAUCAAUUAUAUCGCAUCAACCGAUAAUACCAAAACUGCGAUAAGCGAGCCGCCACUUUUAGCGGACAGCUACGCUGUGUCGCCACAAGUGAGUCAUGACCAAAAGUUCCAAAGCAAACUGGUUUUGCCACAAAACAUAACUGCAAAGUCGCCACAGCUUCAAUAUCAGGCAAAACCGCAAACUAUAACAGCGCAACUUCCUUUGCAAACUGAAAAAAGAGUUGUCGAAGAGGCUAAGCCUAGCGAGCCCAUAGAGUGCAUAAAUGUUGGCACGCAAAAGACAGCUGAAAAAAUGCGAAAAGAUGAAGAUCUUGGACUUAUGGCAACAAUUUCGGCAGUGUUGUACGCUAAUACAGAGCAUGCAAAUCUGAAAGAGUCUUAUCCUAAUUGGACUGACCGCUGCAAGCAAAUUUUAAAGAGGUGGCGAUCUUUAUGCAACGAAAAGAAAGCACCGUUCUUACAAAAAGCAAAGGACAAUCGGUCUGCAUUACGACAGAGACGUGAACAGUGCAAAGUCACCCAACCUACAAAACUGGAAAAGCAAGAUGAUGGACGCUCUUGGAAACAUCAACCCUGUAAGCCAAAGGAAGAUCAAUCAAAUUUGUUUGGUGGGGUCUCCUACGAAGCACCUUGCUAUAUUGGAUCAAUCGCCAAUUCACAUCAACAAAUGGUAAUAUCUAAUGAAAAUCUUGUAGUUAAAUCUACAAUGCAAAGGACAGCUAUACAUACAGCUUCACCAUCGUUAUCGAAAAUGCCAUCUGUUGACAAUCGAAUGGAACAUACUACCUCAUUUGAUCCUGAACCAGUUGGAGAUAAAAAGCUGAGAAAUCUAUUGCAAAAAAAUAAUUCUGAAGCGGUCCUAAUGAACUCCAACUCAGAAUACUUUAUGCCAAAUGAUGUUUUGAGACUUGGGCUGAUGCAAAAUUCUGCUUUAACGCAAAAUAAUCCAAUGUUAAGUAUGAGUGGAAAUCCCCAGCAUACAGACAUUAGAGGCUUAGAACAUGACGGAAAAACACAGCUUGAUAUUAAAAUAGCGGAAUCACAGGAAGGCAUUUCGUCUUCAGCAGUCGAAUUAGAAAAUGUCGGGUUUGGAGAUAUUUUAGGAGGAUUCGGCGAAGGCGAUGAUGAUGACCUGCUUAAAUCCCUAACAUCGGAAAUUGGCGAUGAUUUUAAUAUCUUGGAAUAUGCGGAUCCAGAACUCGAUGUUAAUGUCCUUAACACACUAGAUUUCGACGAAACCGAAAAAAACGCAGCGUGAACAUGUAAACAUUUUGCUGAUCUUAGACAAUAAUCACGCCAUCAAUUUAUUUUAUUACAUAUUGUAUAAUUCAUUGCAG